UCACGACGACAUCCGACAGGAGCAAAUGUGGGAGAUGCAGGCCCUGAACUCGGUCAAGCACGCUACCAAUGGAAGUUGCAAUGGUGCCAGCAACGGCCUUCUGAAUGGCUCCAGUGGAGGUGGCACAGGUGGAGGAGGAGGUGGAGGUGGCGGGGGUGGCGUCAAUUCGUGUUCUCCGACGUCCCUCAGCACCACCAAUGGCAACCUGACGACGACGGCGGCGACGCUGAAUGGCAAUGGCUGUGGUGCAGGUCUUAAUGGUGCCGAAAUGAUGCACUGCAAUGGCAACGGACUGGAAUCGAACGGCGUCGGUGGAUCAACGACGACAAACGGAACGACGACGACGACGUCCUCCUCCCAGGAUGGGCAGAAUGGAGGCCAUUUGCAUUCCCAUCAGCAACAGCAACAGCACCCACAACAAUCUCACUCAGCCCACCACCCACACCAUCAGCAUCAUCAUCAGCAACAGCAGCAGCACCAGAAUCCACAUCAGCAGUUCCUUUCUUCGGCCGCCGACGUCGUCUCCGCAGCAACCGAUAUGAGCAAUCUGAUGCCGGUGGACGUCAACAUGACAUCGGCUAAUCACUUUGUGAACUCCCUGCCAACUACCGACAUCGAAGCUCAGACGCUGGCUUUUGUGGAAUCGACGAACGCUUUCCUGCACCCGGCACUGCGAGGCGUUAAAGCUGUCAGCUUAGCCCGGAAACGACCGCUCCUGGGUGGCCCUCGGUCCAGCAUGAACCCGACCAAACGGACCGUAAUGACCCUGAUUGCCCGAGCCCGGACAGCCCAGGCCAUGCACGGUACCAGAGCUUCUGCCCCCAUCGGAGAGCCAAUCCAGGUGAUUACAUCGCCACUAAUCCUGCAGCCCCAGCUGGAUUUGCUUCAGAGUAACGGAUCCGGAAGCCAGAAGGAGAACAUCCUGCAGGGAGCUUAAAAUGGCGCUCGGGUCGGCCCGGUACGAUGGAUAUCAUCAUCAUCAUCAUCAUCCUCAUCGGUGUGAAUCGGAAACCCGCGCGGCCAGCACCUGGUUUUAGAAAGAUUAAUUGUUGGACGUUCAGUCGUUCGGUUGUGUUCUAAAGUAGGUAUCUGAAUCUACAUACAUGGAGAAGAGCACAACUUCGCGAAACUACAAGCGAUAGUAAUUAAGAACAGAGAGAAGAAAAAAAAAACCAGAAGCUCAACAGAAGAGAAACUCAGUACUUUUCUAACAACUACCGCUGUUAGAAUUCACCCAUAUUUACCAUACAACAAACCCAACAAACCACCAACCAAGAACAUUUAAAUAACUUCCGGGGAGCAAACACACCAUCAUUUUGGAAGACAAACGAGAGCAAACACUAGAGAAGCGAAAAAAACUCAUUAGAACCAUCACCCUUUAGUAAACCGGUAACCAGCCAGAGAGAAGAUCUUAAACGGAACUCUAGCUGACGCAAUGUAAAAUGCAGCGUUGUGGGCGAGAAUGAUAAAUGAACACUGCUUUCGAUGUGUUGAUUAAGUUAAGAGGUCAUGUUUUCUACCGUAAACCAUCAUUAGUAGUUGAAUUGGAGUCUAAAUAAUAUUGAAGCUUAAGCAAACCAGUACGAUAAACACUUUCUUCUGUGGAUCGCCACAAAAUAUUAAACAAAAAUGUCACUUAAAACAAAUGUAUUCGAUAAAUAAACGUCAAAGUUCAUCAAACCGUAGAUUGUCAAAUUUUAUCGUGAAACGAAAAAGCAAAAAAACACAUACUAACACACUUAAACUUAAAUUAUGAUAACUGAAUAAAUCUCCGUCAAACGAACGUUGUUAGAGCAAAUUUUAAACGAAAAUAAUUAAAUCUCACCCUAAAUGACCGUACACUAUUUCUUUUGCUAACUGUGUUUUCCAGAGGUUUCAAAGCAAAUUAAAACAAAAAUUAACAAAAUCCCCCAAUUGUAACGACACGUGUGUACAUCUUAAAUCAAAGAAAAAGUUAACCCUUAAACACGAGAAAUCACACCAUAAUUCAACACAACGAUUUAAUAGUAAAUAUUUAAACGUGCAUAUAUACAUAUUUAAAUAAAACACAAAGCAAACAAAUGAAAUAAGAAAAAUUAACAGAUUCGCACACAUUUGAAGAAGAAUAAUAAUUAUAGAUCAUUAACAACAAACACAACCACAACAACAAAACAAAAAAAACUACAUGAGAGCAGAAUAAACCAAAGCAAAUAUCACGAGUGAAUUCUUAUAAGAUAUAUUUAAAGUUGAACUAAUGACAUCUGAACAAAGAUCGGUUAUUGAGAAUGGAUUGAGCAGAGUAUAGAAAACAAUCAAUCACUCACUUUAAAAGUUAUAUUGAAGGAGAGAGUUUAAAUUUAAGUUUCCACUGUACUGUAACCAAUAGUCGAUUAUUUUCUACUAAACUCUAUUUGUUGAAAACGGAUAGUCCGAUUGAAUUGAUGAUAUUUUAGAGCGAACAACUUACCCGCGUAGAUUUUUGUAACAAACCAAAGUUGUAUUCUGUGCCGUUUUUUAUCAUCUUUAUAUCGAAUCGCUCAAAUCGAGUGUGCUAGACAUAACUCAUCGAAACUGGCACAUUGUAACGCAUGAUUGUUACGGUUGUUUGUUUAUUUUCCUACCGAUAUUCACCAAUGUUCAUCAUCGUUUUUUAUAUGAGCUGUUUUGAAAUGCAACCAAAAAAAAAUGAGAGGAAGAGAUGAGACGGAGAAAAAAAAACAAAUCAAACAAACAAGCCUGCAGUUGGGCCAAAAUUAAUUAACACAACCAACCAAUGGAAUCUUAACAAACAAAAAAAAACUCAAUAAAUGAAUCGUUUUUAUAUAAGUAAAACUAAACUGGAUGUAAACUAACCAAAGAUGGUCGUCGAAUGAUGCAGAUUAAUAAAAGUCACCUUUCCAAUUGAA